UCCGGGCACUUUCUCCUUCAUGUUACUGACCUGGGAGGAGCCGCUUUCGGAUAUGGAUCCCAAAGGAGCAAGAAGAACCAGGAAGCACUGCUGAUCUGGACAGACCCCCUUUGCCUGCUGCUGCCCCACAGUGAACAGAGGGAGCGCGAGGGGCAGAGCCCAGGAGCCCCCGAAACCGAGGUCAAGGCUGUCAUCGUGGGGGAUGGUGGCUGCGGGAAGACGUCGCUGCUGGUGGCCUUCGCCAGGGGGGACUUUCCCAAGGUCUACGUCCCCACCGUGUUCGAGAAGUACACAGCAUCCCUCCAGGUUUCUGGCAAGCCCGUGAAGAUCCACCUGUGGGACACAGCAGGACAGGAAGACUAUGACAGGCUUCGCCCUCUGUCCUACUCAGAUGCCAAUGUUGUCCUCAUGUGCUUUGAUGUCACCGACUCCAACAGCUUUGACAACAUCCUAACAAAGUGGUACCCGGAGGUGAACCAUUUCUGCAAGGGGGUCCCAGUGCUGCUGGUGGGCUGCAAGACAGACCUGCGGCAGGACCAAGAGGUGCUGCAGAAGCUGAAGGACAGACGGAUGGAGCCCAUCUCCCGCCACCAGGGAGAGGCCAUGGCCCGGCAGGUCCGUGCUGUGUCCUACAUGGAAUGUUCAGCCAGGUACCAGGAUAACGUCGGGAACAUCUUUGUGACAGCCUGCAGUGCCGCCAUCAGUGCUGCCCGCCGGCGGCAGCGCAAAACGAGACCCAGGAGGUUCUGCGUGUUCCUCUGAGCCCCCCGGCUUGGCACAGCCCCCCUGGGAUCUCCUGCUGUCCCCAGGCUCCAACGGCACCGUGGCUGCUGCCACACCUCUGUCUCUGCCACCAGAAUGCCACUGCCACCUUCCUGACCCUGGGCUGGCACCGCUGGUCACCAUGGGGUGACGGCAGGAAAGCAUCCCUGGCAUGAACUGUCACGCCUUGAUCCCAGAGUCCUGCCCUUUCCCAUCAGGGAUUCCAGCAUGUCCCUGUCCCACCAGAGAGCACCAUGUCCUGUCCCACCAGGAAUCCCAGCAUCCUGUCCCACCAUGGAUGGCCCUGCUAGCAGGGCUCUGGGAGCAGAGGACUGAUCUGGGGGUUCCCCUUCCUGCUGGCAGGCCAGCACCGGAGGGUGACUGUGGGGUGACCAUCUGCCAUUAAAGUGACACAAAACUCA